AAGCGCUGGGGGAGGAAGGUGCAGGGUUAGCACGUGAUUUCUGCGAGAACCAAUGGGGGGCUACGGUCUCGUCACCCGGCCCUGGACCCGGGCCUGCCAGCAUGACCCAGAGGAAGGCGCUGUGUGGGACGCUGGGCGUCUGUCCCAGAGUUUGGGUCUGUCUGCGGGGCCUGCAGCAACAAGACGGGAAGCUCAGGGUGCCGCUCCUCACGGGGACCAGGCACUCCGCGGCCCCGCCCCAUCCGCCUUCGGGAUGCUGUUGAGCCCCGUCACCUCCACGCCCUUCUCGGUCAAGGACAUCCUGCGACUGGAGCGCGAGCGGAGCUGCCCGGCGGCUUCGCCACAUCCGGGGAUGCGGAAGAGCCCGGAAAACUUUCAGUACUUGAGAAUGGACCCAGAGCCGCGAGGGUCAGAGGUUCACAACGCUGGUGGUGGCGGCGGUGACAGAAGGCUGGACGGUUCGGAGCCUCCUGGGGGUGCCUGUGAGGCAGUCUUGGAGAUGGACGUGGAACGGAUGGCGGAGCCACAACCCGGCCUGAGCGCGGCCUCGCCCCUCGGCGGCGGGACCAGGGUGCCAGAGUGCGGCGUUGGCAACGGCGGCGACAGCGUGCGGAGUGGCCGCUCCGAGCAGCCCAAGGCGCGGCAACGACGGAAGCCGCGCGUGCUCUUUUCGCAGGCGCAGGUGCUGGCCCUGGAGCGGCGCUUCAAGCAGCAGCGGUACCUGUCAGCGCCCGAGCGCGAGCACCUGGCCAGCGCGCUGCAGCUCACGUCCACGCAGGUCAAGAUCUGGUUCCAGAACCGACGCUACAAAUGCAAGAGACAGCGCCAGGACAAGUCGCUCGAACUGGCCGGCCACCCUCUAACGCCGCGCCGAGUGGCGGUGCCCGUCUUGGUGCGCGAUGGCAAGCCCUGCCUGGGCCCCGGGCCCAGCGCACCUGCCUUCCCCAGUCCCUAUGGCGCCACAGUGUCGCCCUAUUCUUGCUACGGAGGCUACACCGGAGCACCCUACGGAGCAGGCUACGGCAGCUGCUACGCGGGCGCGCCCUCCGGUCCUGCGCCGCACACACCACUGGCCAGCGCGGGCUUCGGACACAGUGGCCAGAAUGCCACCCCGCAGGACCAUCUGGCAGCCACGCUGCAGGGCGUCAGGGCCUGGUGAGGCUCCUCGGCUUGACUCUGCCCACUAGGGUCAGAUGCUUGGUCCCUUCCCCUCCGCCCGCAGGUCGCGACAAGAAGGAGGGGACGCGGCGCUGGAGGGAAGCUGCUGCCCAACGGCGCUUCGUUCCGCAGCGAUCUCUGGAACUGCGAUCUGCACCACAGUCACCCAGCUAAAGGCCUUGCCUGGGACGUUCUUCCCCCAAAAGGCGACCCCUUUACCGGUCACCCACCAAGCAACACAGGGACUGAAGAAAACCGAGGCUGACUGGCAGUUUGGGGUGUGGGAGCAGUACUGAGGCGCGUGACUUUUGGGGCUUCAACCCCAGAGGCCCAAGAGGCUCUCGCAUCCGUACGCAGCAGCCCCGAGGCAUUGGGGUGAAUGGAGAUGGUGAUCUAGCGGGCCUACCAUCCUCCAAUUAAUGACAGCUGUUGGGGAAGAACGAGAAGAGAAUGGGAGUGCGGGAAGCGGGCUGAAGAGCCUGGAACUUGAGGAUGGGGAAGUUCACGAAGAGGGACCUGCUCUGAGCCUCCUCCUGUGGGGUUUAAACAUCCCCACAAGGCUGCGCCCUUGCAGACUCCAUUAAUCCAGAGGAGCGCUCUUUUCUGGCCACGACUGCUCUCCUGGAAGUAGGCUCUACCUUCCGGUCCCUUUCACUGUUGUGCAUUUUAUCUCUUUGUACAGCACAGCACCUCCAAUAAAUAUACUAAAUAAGUGUGCACGAGGUUGCGUGUGUGUAGGCCGUUAGAACAUACAUACGCCAUUACCUUGAAAAAUGAAGCCCAGAAGUGCUAGGAGAACAAAACCAAUUCAGUCUUGGAGGUAGAUUUCCCAGUUUCUUCCCUCACAGUCCUCUCUCCCUCUUUGUAGGUUUUCUUUGGAGCAUCAACAGUUUUGCACCAGGAAAAGAUCAAGUGCCCCGAAGUCCUAAAAAGAUGGGUAGAAAGCCUGACCUUUAGGCUUUCUAAAAUUGUGAAAUUUUGACAUCUCCACCCCUAAUGGUAUCUGAAGUCAUGCAAACUCAAGAAUGAAAACAAACUCAUUUUACUCAUAGGGACGUCGGAUCAAAUAGAAAAUGUGUGUUUGCUGAGACAGAUUUUAUAGAAAAUUUAGUAAGAAAAUGUGGCUUUUUUUCUCCCCUUGAAUUGCAUUUCUAGAUAAUGAAAAUUCUAAUUAUUCAUCCCGCAGGACUACUGACUUCUUGAAUGUUAAAUUCUCGUAUUUGAUAAAUUCCCAUAUUUAAUUCAAAUGUACUACCCCUGAAUUUUCUCAUUUCUAAUAUGACCUGGUUGUUUUACUAAAGUGAGAAGCAGACUGCUUGAGGGUGUGUAAACUAUACCUGACUGUUGAUG